UCUUCGGGGUAGUCAAUUGAUGCCCUCGUGCGGUUCUUAAUAGUCCGGUGCUAGGUCAAGUGCGUUUUGAUUGGUUCAAUUCGAAUUAAAAUAGUAUCUUUUCUUAUGGCUAGACUUACAUUGUACGAAAAUUUUCAACAAAUGUCCCGCGAAUCAAAUUCGGCUUCUUAUUUUUAUCCCAUUUUCCGGGGAAGUAUAUGCCAGUGAGGUAUGCCACUAAUUAAAUUUUUCAUCAACGUACACCGUCUCGUGAUAUCCUACGCUGGACGAAUUUGAGGAGUACCUCUGUAAAUAAUCGUUUCCCCUGAGAAUCUUGAAGAACUGGUUCAGGUAACGAAAGGCCCAAAAUGUCAACUGUGCGCGCAAGCUACACGGCAUUUCCAGCAGUCAUCUUCAUUUUCUCCUUAGCAAUUGCUCCAGUUUCUUUACAAACUGUAACGCUUUUCAAGGACAAGAACUUCGGUGACAAAAAGUGCGACAUCACAGUCAAAGGGUGCCAGCCGGUUUGUGAUGGAUUUAAAAACAAGGCUUCAUCCAUACAAGGAGAUGCCGACUGCGCUCAUUUCUACCGAAGAGAGGACUGCAAAGGGUACAUGGGCACUUGGUAUAAGAACGGACCCGAAAUGAAAGACUUCAAGAAUACAGACGCCCAAGAUGCAAUCAUGUCCGUCGGAGACUGCAAGCAACCGAUUCCUGAAAAUACCGUAACGUUUUACCAACAUAAGAACUUUGGUGGACAAAGCUGCAGCCUGGUGGUGAAUGGCUGCACACGAAUGUGUCCAGAUUUGGAGAAGCAAGCUUCGUCCGUUGAAGGAAACGCUGUCUGCCUCAAAACUUACUCAGAUUCCAACUGCAACGAUUAUGUGGGUGAUGUAUUCGAUUUGAAGCUGGGUGGCUACACAAACUUCAAGGAAUUCCCUGCAGCUUCUUUCGCCAGUUUACAAGACAAAAUUUCUUCCGUCAAACCAUGCUCGAACACUACCGUUACGUUCUUCGAGCUAAGUCAUAAGCGUGGGAAGAGUUGCACCUUACAAUUGAAAGGCUGCCAACCAAUGUGCCCUGAAUUGAAUAAUCGAGCUAAGUCUAUCUCUGGACAAACGACUUGCGUCAAGAUGUGGUCAGAACCUGGUUGCAAAGGAACUUCGAACAACUGGAGUGCGUUUACCGAUACUUCUUCUAAAAAUGCUGAGAACGUAGCGUCUUUUGAGGACUGUGUGACCACAGACGGUGAUAAAUCAACUACCAAACCUCUGAAUAUCAGGAGGCCGACAACUGGAGGGGCCUGAAUCUAAACCAUGUGGCCAAAAGCAGAUAAAUUAAGUCUCGAUCACCCCCUCUCUUAUACACAUAUCGUCGCACUUGGACUCUCUGGGGGUGUUUCAAAACAAUAAUAUUAUGUCCAAGAUAAGUCCUCUCACAGUCCGCAAUGGAAUCCCCCCCCUUCCCAACCAAAACCAGAUGAUUGAUUUAAUUGAAAUUUCUCUUAAAAUUUGGGAGUAAAAUUUAGUUGAACCAGACCGGGUAAGUACAAAUAAGGAAAAUCUCAAAUUGAUAUCAUUGUAUACCCUUCAUACUCCGAAAAAUGCGGGAAAACUUUUACUCCAAAUAUAUUAUUUUCCGUGUAAUCAACUAAAACGUAGAUAUGUAAGAGUUCGUAAAAACUAUCGUUUUAUAUGUUGUAUGGAAUAUAAUAAAACUUUCAAUCAUUAAUUUAAA